UAAGAUGGCGGUAAUUCCAAUGUAAACAAUAUACAUUUAAAUAAUCUUCUAGUCUAGAUCUAGAAAAAAAAACAACAUCUAGAUCUAGAUGUAGAUUAUAUAUCAUUUUCUUCGUGUUUUGUUUUGCUUUGAAGUAAAGUAUUAGACUAUAUUAGAUCUAGGUCUAUGCUCAGAAAUGACUACUGCUCAAAAUAGUGUUAUAAAUGCUUUUGGACAAGGGAUGCAAAAAAAAAGUUUAAAAGGCAAACGUAAGAAAAAAGUGCCAAAAAAUGCAAAUCCACUUUUUACUCAGUGGUUGACUGAAUGGAAAAUUGAAGCUGAAGAGAAAGGUUGGAAAAGCGCUCAUACCUAUGGCAAGGCUCUGAAGUCCUUGAAAAUGUUUCCUCUCACAUUAGAAACUGGAAAGGACUGUAGAAUUCUACAAAACUUUGGAGAAAAGAUUUGUAAUAUGUUAGAUGAAAAGUUGUUAGACUAUAAGAAACAAAAUGGGAUUUCUUCAAUCUCAUCCAUUCAGUUGGCCAUAAAUCUUGAUAAGGAUGAAACUGCGUUUGGUGGCAACAAAGUGAAGGAGAAGAUCAGCAAGACUCAUUCAAGAAAAAAGGAGAAUACAGAUACAAGAUUCAAUCAACCAACUCAUUUAGAACCUCAAGAAUUUACAUCUUUGCAUCAGGAGAGAUUAUCUUUGAAAGAUUCCCAUGCAUCCAGUAGCAGAGUACUGACUAGGGUACAUGAAAUAAGUGAUAAUUCUGACAGUGAUCAUGAUGCACCACCACUAAAGAAAACAAACCAUCGUUCAAGUUCUGAAGGAAGAGUUUACAUUCCAGCUUAUAGAUCAGGUCCUUAUGCUUUGGUUUUAACUCUCUAUCGACAUAUGCAGUGUCCAAAGUUCAAAGGAUAUAUGUUAAAAGCUGAGUUGGUGCAAGCAGCUCAGCCUUUAUGUGACAAGUCAUUUACUAAGCCUGAUCCUGGAAGCAGAUAUACUGCUUGGUCAUCUGCAUCCUCAUUGAUUAGAAAAGGAUUUAUGAGUAAAGUGAGCAGCCCAGCAAAAUAUUCUCUAACUGAAGCUGGUAUCAAAUUGGCUCAACAGCUAGAGGAGGCAGAAAACAAAUUGGUUCAAAGAUUUGAUGACUCUAGAGAAGAUACCAGUCUUGCCAGUAAUUGUUGCCAGUCAACAAGAACAACACAUUCUGUCACCAAGGUUUCUUCUAAUACCCCUGAUUUUGGUUAUGCAGAUGCAUACAAAGCUGAUCUGGAAGAUGAAAUCUUGAUUUCCAGUGACACUGAGAUGAAUCAAUCUUUUGCCAUGGCUAACUACCAUCAGUUUUCUCCCAUGUCUAAACCUGCACAUUCAAUUUCACCACUGCCUUCCCCUGAAAAAAAUGUAGAUUUACCUGUGAUAUCAACUGUAAGUGAAAUAAGAGAACCGAAUUCGAUACAACAAAAUGUUAUUUCUGUUGAACUAAUCAAAUCACCAAAAGAUUUUUUAAAUUGUGACAUUGUAGAGUUAAGUGAGGAUAGUGAUUCAGGUGGUCCAGCACGUCCUUCAUUUGAAAAGGCUGUUGUAAAAAAGAAACAUUUUUCUGAUGAUGAUGAUCUGCCAGACUUGGAUAUUCCUUUGUCAAAAAGACUAUUAAUGGCUGGAGGGGUUAAAUCAGAAUUACUCAACAACCAUGUUGCCAAAAUUGAUGAAGUUGUGAGUGCUAAAGAUCCUGUUUCUAGUAGUUAUGUGAGUAUAAAAUGUCCCAAGAAAACACACGAAGAAAAUGUCAGAUCUAAAGAUAGCUGUGAAGUCUCUUCUAAAGAAACUUCCUACAAGUCAUCUACUCAUAUUGAAAAAAAAAUUUUAACUAAAUCUGUCAGUGCUGCUAACUUAACGAGUGAAAACCAGAGGCCAUUAGUCAAAGCCUGUCCGCUAACUUAUUUCCCAAGGAAGCCAGAACAACAAGUUUCAACCAAACAGAUAGGGCCAGUAACUACAUCACAAAUAACGCCUUUAUUUACCUUAGAACCACACACAUUUGAGAUUAUCCUGUGUUUAGAUAACAGAGAGUUUUAUGGCAGGACCAACAGCAAAACAUUGCUUCCUGAUUUAAUCAAGUCUGGCAUUCACUGUGACCUACGCCUUCUUCAUGUAGGAGACAUUCUGUGGAUUGCUAGAGAGAUAGUACCACCUCAGAUUGAUAGGGUUGAAGCUAGGGAGCUAGUAUUAAACCACAUCAUAGAAAGAAAACGUCUAGAUGAUCUUGUUAAAAGUAUUGUAGAAGGGCGCAUGAAAGACCAAAAGUGUCGUCUGAAAUUCUGUGGCAUUAAGGAGGCUAUUAUUCUUGUUGAGGAAUAUGGAUCCAUACAAAAUUUUAGCAUUUCUGAAGAAAGAAUCAAGCAGUCCAUAGUCAAUUCACAGAUAAUAGAUGGCUUCAAAGUAAAAAUGUGUUCAGGUCCAGAAGCUGUUGCUACUUACAUUUCAACAAUGACACGUUUUCUUCAGCAGCAUCUCAGUUCUAAAAGGUUGCAUGCUGUGUUGCUGGACCAGAUCAGAUUUGUCAAAGACCAGCAAAACAUUAUGAAUCAGAAUCACUAUCUCCUUCCAUUCAACAUCUUCAAUGAAAACUCUGUUAAGCAAAAGGAUCUUACAGUAAAAGAAAUGUUUAUGAAGCAGCUUUUUCAAAUCCCAGGAAUCUCAGCUGAUAGAGCCAAAGCAAUCACUAGAGUAUACCCAACACUUUCAUUCCUAAUGGAAGCUUUUGAAAAUUGUAAGGAUGCUAAAGAAAAAGAAAAACUGUUGUCAGGCAUUAAAACUGGUAAAUCAGAAAGGAAUCUUGGUAUAUCACUGAGUAGGCUUGUGAGUUUAUUGUACACACAGACAUCCAGUCUUUCAUAAUUUUCUAUUUCAACUUGUUUGAUUAAUGUACCUACUUAACAAUAAAAAAUUUAAUUAAUAACUGUUAUUUGGUGUGUGUUGCAU